UGUUUCCGAGGUGACGCAGAUCGAGAACGUACUCGGGUUAGCUUAAGUUUGCUGUACCUCCGACAGACUUUUUUCAGUCCUGUCAAACAAACACAAUCAUGUCGAUAUUCACGCCAACUAAUCAAAUACGGCUGACGAAUGUGGCGGUGGUGAGGAUGAAAAAAGGAGGGAAGCGUUUUGAAAUCGCCUGUUACAAGAACAAAGUUAUGAGCUGGAGAUCCGGAGCAGAGAAAGACUUGGAUGAGGUUCUGCAGACAUCCUCUGUUUUUGUCAACGUGUCAAAGGGUCAGGUGGCAAAGAAGGAUGAUUUGACCAAAGCCUUCGGGACGGAUGACCUGACCGAAAUCUGUAAACAGAUCUUGGCCAAAGGAGAACUCCAGGUGUCAGACAAGGAGAGGCAGAGUCAGCUGGAGACGAUGUUCAGGGACAUUGCGACAAUCGUGGCAGAGAAGUGUGUCAACCCUGAGACCAAGAGGCCCUACACUGUCAAUCUGAUUGAGCGAGGGAUGAAGGACAUCCACUACUCUGUUAAAGCCAACAAGAGCACGAAGCAGCAGGCUCUGGAAGUGAUUCGACAGCUGAAGGAGACCAUGGAGAUCCAGCGAGCCCACAUGAGGCUGCGUUUGGUGCUGCCAGCCAAAGAGGCCAAGAAGCUGAAAGAGAAGCUGAAACCACUCCUGCAAGUCGUGGAGAGUGAAGACUUUGAUGAGGAGCUGGAAAUGGUCUGUCUGGUGGAUCCCGGCUGCUACAGGGAGAUUGACGAGCUGAUUCGCUUUGAGACCAAAGGCCGAGGCACUCUGGAGGUUCUCAGUCUGAAGGAUGUGGAGGAAGGAGAUGAGAAACUAUAGUAACCCAAUCCCAUCCCAUCAGGCCUGUGCACCUUAUCCACACUAACUUGCCUCACAGUGGCACACAAACUACAAACUCAUUUAAAGGAAUAAACAUUUAUUAUGAGAUUUUA